ACUGUCAAACUGAGAGUAUCCAGGAACGAUCUACUUCUAAUGUUUUCUUUUUGAUUAUUCUCGUUUGUUUAUUUAUUUAUAUUCAAUAUUUGGCUAGCUUUUUAUUUGUACUUAUGAAUAUUGACAAGAGAGCAAAUUACUUAGCUGCAUGUCUGUUAGAAUCACUUGAAGAUGAAGACUUGCGUGCUGCUAAGAUAUUUUUGGAGAAACAUGAGUGCAAUCCAAAUACGAUCAUUUAUGGGAGAGGUAUUGCACCAAUUCACUAUGCUUGUGGUAUGGAAAACGAAAACAUAGCGGACGAAAUUACGGAGUUGAUGCUCAAGUAUGGAGGUGACCCCAACGUUAAAUCCGAAGAUGGUAUGACGCCACUGCAUGUUGCUUGCUUGAUGGGCCGCGUGAAAAUUGUAAAAUUGCUUCUGCAAAGCGGGGGCGAUAUUCACGUAGUUGAUAGCGAAAAGAAGACACCGGUCUUAUACGCUGUUCAUGAAAACCAUUUUGAUGUAAUCCAAACAAUCCAGAACUUUGUUUUCGAGAAGAAGGUCGAAGACAGAAAGCAAGAAUUAUUCAUAAGUGCAAAUAAAUUGAAUUUUCAGUCUCCUCGCAAUAAAAAACUCUUAACCGUGCAACAGUUAGAGGAGAAAAAAUACACGCCAAACAGGGUGAACUACAACUUUGAUGCCACAAGUCCUUAUUAUAUAUACAUUACCCACCGAAAAUCAGCGGCAAAGAAGCAAGCGUUGCCUGUUGAUUUAAGUGACAUGCCUAUGCCUUCGCCCAAUAUGAAGGAGAAGGAGAACCUCUUCAAACUGACAGAAGAGAAUUUAGAGAAGUUUUCAGAAAAGUUAGCUCCGAUCCGGUCAAGGAUAUCUUUAAUCCAACAAUGGCGCGACAAGGUUGAAAGAUCCCGAAAACUCUCAUCCAUCUUGAAAGUUUUCGAUAAUGUCGAUGAACUGCUCGACGGAGUAAUGACUGAUGAAACUCUCAAUUUCACAAAUACACUGCUGGAAACGAAUGCCAAAGAGGACAAGAUACAGAAAACCACGUCUGGAUCUAGAAGAUUUUCAAAUUUUCUAGAGAAAUUGGUGGUUCACGAUGCUCAAACUGAUCUGAGUUUUGUGACAGCAGACGAUAAUUUAAAUUGUGAUAAUAAAGUUCCGAUGAAUGAGUCGAAUUUCAUUCGGUCACCGAAAGGCGGAGAGUAUGUUUUGCAGGUGGCGGAAACUUACACUCAUACGGACGAUGAAAACGGCCUUGUUUUCUAUGAGACACGUUUAUAUUCGAAUCCUGGACUCACAGAUAAGCAAACAGACCUGAAUAAAAGUAGAAGCAGUCAUAACACUAGUUUCAGUAUCCCGCCCAAUUACGAUACUGAUACCUUGCGAGCUGAACUCACCACGUUUGGAGAAGUACCAGGCCCCAUAACGAAGAGUACAAAACGGUUAUAUAUCAAGCGGCUUAUUAAGUACAAGCGAAAUCUGGAAGCAACAAAAAAUGUGCAAAACGAUCAAUUGAAUGAGUUGAAAUUUUCAGUGGAGCUGGAACGAACAGUUAUGAGACAAGAAUGGUUUGACCGUAUUCAUGAACACAUGGCAUUAGAAAAAGAGAUAAGUGAACAUUUUCACACGAACAGACAGAGACGUAAAUUUCGGGAAGGAAACCUCAAAACAAGCUUCAUCUACUUAUUAAUUGAUCCGCGAAUCUCGAAAAAUCUGCCUGUGGAAUGUAAGUACUUAUCCCAGCACGAAGUCUGGAAGCGGUUCCUGAACGCAAUUUUUUAUGUUGGUAAAGGAAAAAGCAGUCGUCCCUAUUCUCAUUUAUAUGAUGCAAUGAAAAUAUUUUCGAGAGUUCAGGAGGCGCCUAUCCUAAAUGGGAAUGAAGAGGAGGCAUAUUUACAGUCUCCAAUUCGCCCACUCCAAAUGUCCCGAAGCAGAUUAACAGAAAGUGGAAAGUUACAACACAUCCUAGAUAUUUGGCAAUCCCAGCGAGGUGUUGUGUGCCUACAUGUUUUCCACAAUAUCAUGCCAGCCGAAGCUUACACAAGAGAAGCAGCAAUCAUCGAUGCCAUUGGAUUGAAACGUCUAACCAAUUUAAAACGGGGCGACUACUACGGUCCCUGUCAAACGUGGACAAUGAGAAAUAAAAAAUUCCUCGGUAUUGCGCUUCUUUUCAAAGCCAUGCAAAUUUUUCUUGCCGAAGGUGAGUCGCAAUUGACUCCUGGAGAUCUCAUGUGAGCAAACUAUUUUUAUAUUAAAAUUGUAUAAUAAUUAUUUAUUGUGAUAGUCAAUGUAUUUUAAUGUAAUUUAUGGUCAGUUUUAUUUCCUGUGAUUGUAGGACUACCACCAAUUAUUUAGUGCAAAUGCCAUUUAUGUUUUUAUGACAAAGAUUUAUAAGAUUUUAGUAUAGUACUGAAUAAAAAUAGUUAUAAUUUAA